AUGCCGGCGCUGCUGUGGCUCGCCCUGCUCCUGCUGGCCCUGCGCGGCCACUGCGAUGACACGGUGGCGGCCACCGUGGGCCGGCACAGCAUGAGCCGCAUCGCCGAGCUGCUGGCCGCCUCCGAGUGCCAGCARCUGCAGGCGGAGCUGCACAGCCCCGAGGAGGAGCUGAGCGAGCUGGAGCUGCAGUUUUUAGCCGAGGAGAACAACCCCAUGCGCCGCCGCCGCCGCCGCCGCGGAGCCGCCCGGGGCUGCUCGGAAGCCCUGAGGAGUUGGCUAGUGACCGCGGGCGAGGUGACCACCUGGGACCGCCUGGUCCGCGCCCUCCGCCACAUCGGGCGCUCGGACAUCGCCCGGGAGCUGGGCAAGAAYCUGAACCAAGACCGGAGCCUGCAGCUGCGGAGGAACGUGGAGGGUUACAGCCGCAGCGUGCAGCACCUGAGCUCCGUGCAGCUGCAGCCCGGGCCGGGYCGGGGCCGCCGGGCUCCCCAGGUUGGCGAUUUGCUCUUCCAGAGGCUGCGGCCACCCCGCUACGACCGCGGGCUACUGGGCUGGGUCCGCCCGGUGGCCCUGGGGGUGCUCGGAGCCUUCCUGAGCUCCACGCUGCUCACCGUGACCGCCAUGUAUUACUGCCACUGGAGGCGGCUCCUGCGCGCCUGAAACCGCCCCAAAAAACGGGMAAAGAGACCCAGUAAAGCCUCGAGUGAGGGAUUGGCACCCCGAGAUCGGCUCUGUGUGUUCUCCCGGGCACCGAGAGGUCUCUCUUUGGGUCAUCCAGGGUGAGGUGUCCCCCGGGUGGCACCGCCGUGUCCUGUCCAUCGCUGGGUGCCGGAGCGGCGGGGACGGAGCGGGCAAAGCUCCCGCGGCCACGUCCCCGCAGGGCAGGAGGGAUCAAACCGGGAUUCUCGGGGCUCAUUAUCCACGGGCGAGAGGUUCAUUAUAGCAGCCAGAGCCUGAGUGUCGCGGCAGAGSCAUUUUGGGCUGCUUUGGGGUCAUUUGGGAUAAAAGUCUCAGCUUUCCUGAGGGUCCGGGAGCCUCGCUGCGCUCUCGGUUCGUCUCUCGCUGCGUUUCUGUUUUUCUCUUUUCUUGGCCAAGGAAUCCCCACGAAAAUCCMGCAGUGAGCCCCGGGUGAGGCUCAGGGGAG